AGGGACCUCCCCUGUUCCGCUUCCGCUCCAGCACACGGACGAGCCGCCGUCUCGCAGCCCUCCUCGUGUGCGCAGCCUCUGCCUCCGUCCAUCGCCCCCCUUCGCGGCAUGGUGAUGUGACGCCGAAUCAGGAAAGUUAGGAUAGAUUCUUCAGCUAAUCACCGGAUAGAUCAGCCUCCUCGUUUCUCCAUGCUGUUCUUGUCCUCGUUGGGGAAUGGAGAUGAUCACGAAUGUGUCCGAGUACGAGAGGCUCGCCAAGGAGAAGCUGCCCAAGAUGGUGUACGACUACUACGCCUCCGGCGCAGAGGAUCAGUGGACGCUCAACGAGAACAGGGAGGCCUUCUCCAGGAUCCUAUUCCGACCGCGCGUACUGAUCGAUGUGUCCCAUAUCAACAUGGCAACAAGCAUCUUGGGCUUUGAUGUCUCCAUGCCGAUCAUGAUCGCUCCCACAGCCAUGCAGAAAAUGGCUCACCCUGAAGGAGAGCUUGCUACUGCAAGAGCAGCAGCAUCUGCAGGGACCAUAAUGACAUUGUCUUCAUGGGCUACUUCUAGUGUGGAAAGGGUUAACUCAGUAGGACCCGGGAUACGUUUCUUCCAGCUUUAUGUUUACAAGGACAGGAAUAUAGUUCGGCAACUCGUGAAAAGGGCUGAAAUGGCUGGGUUCAAGGCGAUCGCCCUCACCGUCGACACUCCGAGGCUCGGCCGCAGGGAAGCUGAUAUCAAGAACAGGUUCAUCUUGCCUCCACAUCUGGUGCUGGAGAAUUUCGCGGCGCUGGACCUCGGCAAGAUGGACAAGACAGAUGAUUCUGGGCUGGCUUCCUAUGUUGCUAGCCAAGUCGACCAAUCUCUUUGCUGGGAGGACGUGAAGUGGCUGCAGACCAUUACCUCGUUGCCGAUCUUGGUGAAAGGUGUCAUGACUGCAGAAGACACUAGGAUUGCCAUCGAGUACGGCGCGGCCGGCAUCAUCGUGUCCAACCAUGGCGCUCGGCAGCUGGACUACGUCCCUGCAACCAUCAGCUGCCUGGAAGAGGUGGUCAGGGAGGCGAAGGGGCGGCUGCCGGUGUUCCUCGACGGCGGCGUCCGGCGCGGCACCGACGUGUUCAAGGCGCUGGCGCUCGGAGCCGCGGGAGUUUUCAUCGGGAGGCCGGUGCUGUACUCGCUGGCGGUGGACGGUGAGGCGGGGGUGCGGAAGGUGCUGCAGAUGCUGCGGGACGAGCUGGAGCUGGCCAUGGCGCUCAGCGGGUGCGCGUCGCUGCGGGACAUCACACGCGCCCACGUCGUCACCGACGGCGACAGGAUCCGCCGCGCACGCCUCUAGAUAGGGACUAGGAGGCGCCGCAUACUGCUAGUAGUACUAUUUGUGCGCGCGCGCUGGUCGAUUUGAGAUGCCGCUCGUUCUUGUUCCUCCAAUUUGAUCGAUCGAUGUAUCUGGCAAUAAUUCGUACUCGUAGAAAUAAAGAUUGGAGAAGGGUGCAUGCA